GGUGAAGGGUUGAAGUGGGUGGUGUGUGUUGUGGAGGUUUCUUUUUCUGAUUUGUAUAUUUCAGAGUGCUUUGGCAUUAUUUAUUCCGUUAAAUUGUGUUUAUUGCAGUUUGUUAAAACAUGGAUUUAAAUACGGUUUUGUCAAAGGUGGAGAGCAUAGAAAGUAGCAGUGAAGAAGAGAUUGAAAGUGUCUUGCGGGAAUACAACAGAGAGAACAGUCAAACAUUCAAUUUCAACCCAAAAGAAGAAGAAAAGCGAAAGAAACUGUGCGAGGGACUGAUCAGAAUCUUAGGGAAGAAUGUACAGGCUUCUUGCCAAACCAUGUGCUUGGAGACUUUGCGUAUUCUUUCACGGGACAAGAAAGUUCUGGGACCUGUGGCAACCAAACAAGGCAUGUUAGUCUUGGCUCAGCUGGCCGCACUUCAAGGCACUGGGGAAUCGGUUCCAGAGAUUUUAGAGGUGGGGCUGGUGGUGGAGGCGUUGAAAUGCCUCUGUAACGUGAUUUUCAACAGCGUGGCAGCACAGCAGCUGAGUGCUGAGCUCAGUUUUGCUUCGGGGCUGUGUGCCCGCCUGAGGAUGUACACAGGCCAGGGACUUAGUCAUGAGGUGGCACUCUUCUCACUGCGCCUCCUUUUCCUGCUGUCAGCACUGCGCACCGAUGUGCGAUCAUGCUUGAGGCAAGAGCUGAAGGCAGUAGGUCUACUGAUUGAAAUCUUGGAGCACAUCCUCAGUAUAAAGUGGGUAGGGAAAUACGAAGUUGCCACUGAUCUGGAGGCUCCACCCUUACCCCUAGAAGACAACGAGCGCACAAUGGAGGCUCUGAAAACUCUUUUUAACCUCACUCUGUCAGAUUUCAAUGAUGAGGACGGUGCCCACCAGCUUCGCCUCAUCACUGCCAUCAUGCGCCAUGUUUUGAUGAUAAAGACUCAGACGGAGGACAAAACAGAGGAAUUGCACAGCCAUGCCAUCAAUCUGCUAAGCAACAUUCCUGUUUUAUGCCUGGGGGUGAUGAUCAGUGUUCAAAGCCGGGGAGGAAUCGAGGAAUACAGUGGGAAGAACAUGGAUGUCAUCCAGGUCUUAUUGGAUUUUAUGGUAAAGAGGAUAGACAAGGGCUCCAAUUUUAAGGAAGGACUUACCCCCGUGUUUAGCCUAAUGACCGAAAGCGCCAGACAUCACAGAGAUAUCAGGAAAUAUAUUAAAGCUCAGGUUCUGCCUCCACUAAAAGAUGUAAAGAACCGCCCGGAAGUGGGAACAACUAUCCGAAACAAACUUGUGCGUCUCAUGACACACGUGGACACUGGCGUGAAGCAAAGUGCUGCUGAAUUCCUCUUUGUGCUCUGCAAAGAAAGUGUUGACAACUUGUUAAAGUACACUGGCUAUGGCAAUGCAGCGGGGCUCCUGGCUGCUCGAGGGCUGUUGGCAGGAGGAAGAGGGGGAGGCCAGUACUCCGAAGAUGAAGAUUCAGAUACAGAGGAGUACAAAUCGGUAAAACCUUUUAUUAAUCCUAUCACUGGCCAUGUUGAAGAACCAAUGCCAAACCCCAUUGAGGAAAUGACUGAAGAACAGAAAGAAUAUGAAGCCCUUAAACUAGUCAACAUGUUUGAUCAGCUUUCCAGGCAGCAGAUUAUUCAGCCGAUGGGAGUGAAGCAGGACGGCACAAUAGCCCCUUUGGCAGAGGCGAUAAGCCAGUGUAACAUAGAAAGUUGUAGCUCCGACUCAGAUUAAUGUGCCCCUUGCUUGACUGGUCAGCGUGGCUAAUGCCCAGGUACUUCUGCUAUUUCUCCACAUAUCAGUCUCCUUGUUCUGGAGACCCUGGGCAUGCAUCUUAACCUUUAGGUUUAAUGUAUGCAGAUUCUUCUGGUGUGUCCCUAAUUCUUAUGUAUGUGUAGCUUCAAAAAAGGUAAAAUAAAAUGGUAAGGGGGAGGGAGUAAUAUCAAAUUCAUAUUUCUAAAUCGGAUGGUGUAAGUUAUUUGCUUUUUUAUUUUCAGCAUAUACAUUUUUCCUCCAUGAAAGAAUGUUUGUAUUUAAAGUGGUAGGGCUGUGUCUGUACAGUAUCUAUGUAAGAGAACUAGGAAUAAAACAUGUUAUUUUCAUACAGUGUGGACACCAAAACAUAUUUCUAGAAUGGAAUGUGUAUGUAAUGAAAAUAGCGUUUGUUUGUUUGUUUGUUUCUGCCUGAAAAUAUUUAAAAACUGAAACAUUUAAUUCCAACUACUAUACAGAACAUAUUGGUGAUUUCAAUAUAAAAGCUGUACAGCAAAAAGAAAUAAACAAACAAAAAAAAGAUUUAGAAUUGGCAAAUUAGUACUAUGUUACAACAAAAAUCGCGCUCACAAAAUAGAUUUUAUUAGUGGAUGAUCUGUGUAGUCACCUGCUGGUCACUCACAUUUGAGUUAUUUGUUUUACCUUGCUACUUAUUCAUAUGCCAUCAAUGUAUAUUUUCUACAUAUGCUUACACUCUUUAUUUAACCUUUUAUAUCAGAGCUCCUGUUUCACAGAGUAGUUUUGUUGUACAUAUGUACACAUCUGUAACAAUAAUGCACAGCAACGUUUUUUUUUCAAUGUUGUGCUGAUUUGCAUAAAUUAUAUUAAAUGUUU